GAGUACACAAGCAAUACAUUUUCGAGAACUUGGUUAAAAAUUAAAAGAAAACACCUAACCCAAUGAACUAACAUAGUAACUCCCCUCUAAAUGUAAGACUGUUUAUUCGUGUAAAGGCUGCAAAGUCUGUGGUCAACUGAUCAAAAGAUCACAACUGAAGGAUCUGGUGGACGUGACUUUGGUGUUUUGUACGUCACGGAAUUACUUCACAGCCAGGAAAAGAAGGCGCUGUAUUGAAAUAUAUUGAAACAUCCACCCCACCCGACCAGACAGACUAAGGAAAAAAAUUGCCCCCAUUGUUUUAAUCACAAUCAGAAGUUCAAGUACUGAUAUUGUUGGUACCUGUAAAUUUCCUUGUAGAUAGUCACGAAAAACAAGGCGCUAUAUCUCGGAAACGAAAGCAGCACAAACGCUACUUACAGCGACACAAAACGGCACAAACGCAGCACUAACGAAUGAGAAAGGUGCGAUGCAGUGUUCUCAGGAUCCUUUUUCGGUGGUGCGGCCCAGUACUGCUCGGAUCUGGGUGACAGAAUUUGCCGGAUCCGGCCAGCUGAACCCUAGUCCUGCAGCUUAUGAAGAUGCUGAGCUUCUGGUGGAGCAGUAUCUUUCACAAGAGAAAUUGCAAGCCAUAACUGGGACAUCUGACCUGGAAGAAGUGAAAGUCCUUGAAAUAUGUGUGGACACAAGAGAAAACACCCUGGGAAACUUUGGCACCUAUUUGCCCAGCCUCAUUCAGCUGAAGAUGAACAACAGUUUAAUUGUUUCUGUGAGGGAUCUGGGAACCACACUUUCCCACCUGCAGGUGUUGUGGAUGGCUCGCUGUGGGCUGCUGGAUCUGGACGGGAUCCCCUCGUUUUGCUCUUUGAAGGAACUGUACUUGGCGUACAAUGACAUUUCAGACCUGAGUCAGGUGAGCAUGCUGGACAACCUCGAGAUUCUUGAUCUGGAAGGGAACAAUAUUGACGACAUCACACAGGUCCAAUACCUGGGACUUUGCUGCAGACUGACCACGCUGACCUUGGAGGGUAACCCUGUCUGCUCCACACCACAUCCAGACUCUGGCAAGUUGGAGCAGUACUGCUACAGAGGAGCAGUGAAGGAGUUGGUUCCCCAGCUGAAGUACCUGGACGACAUCCCUGCUGAUGAUAAGGGCCUUCUGCCUCCCAGCACCCCCAGCGAAGACUGGGUUAUAGUGAAGGACUCCAUCAAAGACAGUACUGUAGCUCAAGAUCUGGACAUUGAGGAAGAAGCUGUAAGCGCAGUCUCUGGCGGGGCUGCCUCUGCUCUGCGCCCACUGACCGGCCGUCCCAGCUCAGCCCUCCGUCCCUGGGCAGCACCCUGGCCUGUCAGUGCGGGUCGUCCUGGCAGUGCCAGGCCCCUUUCUUCCCCUGGCUCCCGGCCUGGCUCCUCUAACUCGGACCCUGCCUCUCUGGAGCAGGACGCCAGUGACCUGACACACGGUGUUGGGAGGGUAAUCUGCGGUAACCCUGUUAGAGCUCUUUGUGCUCGGAAACAGAAACUGAACCUGGCACCCAGCCCUCAGUUGAGCCCCUUUGCUCAGCACAAACAUAUUCCUGAGCACACCUACGACACUGAAGCUUCGGAAACCCGGGAUCGAGAGGAUGUGUUUGCAGAGCUGAGGGCAUGGAGGAAGGAACAUAACAAGUAUAACAAGCGCCUGGAGGCCAUUCAGAAGGAGCGGGAGCCACAGGUUCUCAAGAUCUCGCACAGCAGUUAUGAGGAAGAGGAGGGCCACAGUCUCGGUGACAGCAGUGAGGAAGAAGAGAUCAGAGGAGCCUGGUCCUGCAAUGGCACUAACAGCGCCUCACCAGACUCCUCCUUCCAAUCUCCAGGAGCCCCCUCCCCACCGCCAGGCGGAGAGGUCAUCUCCCAUGAGGACUGGAGCCACUCUGUAUCGCCCGAUCCCCUGAUGGGUCCAUCUCCCCCACCUCCGCGCACAGUGCCCCCUGCUGCCUGGAGGCUCUCAGACAUGAGGGCACGGCGGCUCCGCACUCCUGUGCCAAGUCAGGAGCAGGAGAGCUCUCUGAGCUGCAGUGCCACCAGAGCUUUUCAGCCUGAUGAGGAGUUUCCCCUGCUGGGCCCGGAGAGAGGCAGAUCAGACUCGGAGGUGGUGAAGCCCAAGAUCCGUCCAGAACUGAAAGCAGCAGCAGCACCAGACUGCAGCCUGGAUGUCCUGAGGCCUGUGUCUGGUCCAGCAGCUGGAGGGUCCAGGAAUCAGAGUUCAGCGACUCCCAGAAACUCCCAGAAAAGCAUCGACGGCCACCAGCCCAUUAUCCGCUCCUCAGCGAAGACUCCCGAGAAGCCUGUGACGCUGCACGCCGUCCGGCCCUUUACUGCCAAGGCCACCCUACAGAGACUGCCCAGCCGGCCGGCCGUGCUCCCCGCCAGGGGCGGCGCCGGCUCCAGCUGAGGCCUGACCCUUGUUCUGCAGGGUCACGGCGCAGGCAGGGGCUGUCUCUCCAGCGAGACACAGGUGCAUCUCGAGCGCAAGGAGCUCAGUGCAAGUCAGGACUGGAGUGGAGCAAGCCAGCAUCAUGGAGGGUGGAUGCUAAGCUGUGUGUGUGAAGUAACACUUUCAUCUCUUUCCUUAAUCCAUUUCAUUUUCUAUGUCCUCUUUUUCUACUGUCCUGUGCGUCUCUUUUCACCGGGUGACUCAUCUGGAAGAUUAAUUUAGGGACCUGACAAGACAACAGAUUUUACAUUUCUAUGCAAACCCCUUUGAAAUAAAUGUUCUUCAUCUGCAACAUUUUGAUGAAUGUCCCUAAAAAGUAUUCAAAAAUGUGUUUAACAUUACAUUAUAAUUCUAUUACAUUCUACCACUAUUACAAAAAUAAAAUGAGGAAAUGUUGUUACCUAUUUAACAACAUUUUUAAAUAUUUCUAUAUUUAUAUCACUGAAAGCAAUAUUUUGAUGUCGGUAAAAUAGUUGAGCAUUUGUUUCCCACAGUUCUGUUUAAAAUUAAUUAAUAUUUUAACCACUUUUCCUUUUUAAAUUUGUUCAAAAUCCUAUAUCUUAAAUGCUAAGUUCUUUUGAAAUGUGGUGGUUUAUAAGAAGUUCCCUGGUUGGAAAUCUUAUGUAAUUUGUGUCUUUGAAGGAUGUGAAGAAACUGAGGGCUGAAAGUUUCUUAAAAACAAAUUGUGUCUUAAUGAAGAUAACAGAAAAAAAUACAAAUGUGCAAGUGAGGGCUUGUUUACCCAAGAAUAUGUGCGCAUCCUGUUUAACACCUUAUAAACAAUGUUAUUUAUUCAAAGAAUAAGAGAAACUAAACUUACAUCGGUAAUAUUGAGAUGGAACUAGAAGUGCUAACACACAGACCUAUGAACACAAAUUAAACCUGUGCUGCUGUGUUCUUCUUCUUGUGUCAUUCAACACACCACCUUGGUGAAUUAAUUCAAGAUGAUCUGUUGAUUGACACAUGAGGAUUUUCAAGAGAUUAAUGAUGAGGAUAAGAUAUCUCUGUCAACAUCUUUUGGAUUUUGGCUAUCUGGAGACAAGGUGGUCCCCUUUCUAUGAGAUUACUAUGAUUACCUAUGAUUGAUUCACAAUGUGUGUCCUUAUUUGUGAGACCAGAAGGAAAACAGACAUUGCAUUCUGUUGACAUGUGUCUGUGGGAUGUGAAAAUUUCACAUGAAAAUAAUUAUAAAUAGCUGAAAAGUCUCUGAUUAAGAAAUAUGUGCUAGGGAGCUGUGGCAAGACUUCUGUGGAGAGAUUAUAUUUGUGUGUUAGCUUAUUUAUGAAUGAGCUAACUUCAGAAGACCUAUUAUAAUUGUGUUUGUAUUUUAAAGGAAGAUUUGUAUUCAAUGUCAAAUACAAAUAUUUUUAUGCAUUUUUUGCUUAGAAA